AUGCACCCAUUUUGUGGGAAAUCUGUUGGACAAGAGGGCUUUGGACAGCAUGUUGUCUGUCCAGACUGUGAUUCAGGCAAGCCUCAAGCUAUAUCAGCUCCUCCUGUUCUCAAAGCUUUCGCGCUUCAGGGAAAUAAAGAUGCGAUCUCUUCGAAGGAUGCUGCCAACGAUGUCGACUCAGACGAGAGCUCAGAAGACGACAUAAUCUCUAUUUCCAAUGUGGUCAACGUGACUGAGCUGCCGACGUCAACAUCAUCUCGAGCGUCACAACAGGUUACCACCAUCCAGAAUCGACGUCGUGUCAUCUCCUGGAUGGAAGAGUAUGAAAAUGCAAAUGGAGCGAAGAACAUGUUCACGCGAGCGGUAGAUCAAUUUCCUGAUAUUUUUAACUCGUCUACUCGCAAUGCUAACCUUUGCAAAGCGAUGUCCUGGUGGAAGAAUCGAGAGCAACUUCAAGCGCCACUCCGGGGUUCGCUAUCGCUGCCAAGCUUACGAUCAGACGGAACAAAGCGAGUGAACUCCAAGGCUUUGUCUGGUCGAGGUCGUCCUCGGAGCAAAUGGGUGCUCUGGAUCUAUCCAUUGCUGCUAAGUGAGAUUGAUCGAUUACGUAAAGUGGGGUUGAAGUUCGACGCAUCGCUGCUACGUCAAGUAGCUAAGCGUAUCCUCCACGAUCCACAAGCUCCCAGGGCAGAUGAGGACGGGGCUGAGCUGUCAACAAAGAUCACUUCACGCUGGGUGCAAACCUUUUUGGAGAACAACAACAUAGUACUUCGUGCGGCAACAGGUAAACGACUGGUGAGCCCUCAGAAGGUUGAAGAUAUUGAGAAGCAAGUGGCCUAUCACCUUGGCAAGUUGAAGCGUGGAUUUGAGAGCGGUUUGUAUGACGAGAAUGCGAUUGAAAACAUCGAUGAAACUCAUUUCGUUGUAGAUUUUGACAACGGCAAGACUCUCGGUUUCGGUGACGAAAAACAGGUGAAAUAUGCGGAUGUUGUAUCCGGAGGGGAUGGAUGA